UUUGCAAGAGGAAGCAAAUGAAUGUGUAAGAGGGGCAGAGCAACAAAGAGCUAAAAUCCAAGCAAAGUGAAUGAAAAGAAAGGGGAAAAACUGCUUCGAUUGAGGAACUAGUAAACUAUACCUCCAUUUGAAACAUGCAGCAGAAGCAGUGGAUGCAUGUGGCUGUUCUGGCUCUCUUGCUUGUUACAUAUGUGCUAGCAGAAGUUGGGAAGCCAGAAAAAUCAGGUAAGAAAGAACGUAAGUCAGGAUGUGGAGACUGGCAAUGGAGUGUGUGUGUGGCAAAUGAGGGUGACUGUGGCCUGGGCACUAGAGAGGGAAUCCGUACUGGCACUGGCUGCAAGCAGGCAGUCAAAACUCAGCGUUGCAAGAUUCCCUGCAAUUGGAAGAAGCAGUUUGGAGGUGAGUGCAAGUAUGAUUUCCAGUUAUGGGGUGAGUGUGAUUUAAUCACAGGGAUGAAGACCCGUAAUGGUACACUGAAACGUGCUCUCCCAGAUGCUGACUGCCCCUCCACGGUCUCUGCCACAAAACCCUGUGGCAAGACCAAGACCAAGCUACAAGGCUCAUUGAAGCCAAAACGUGGCAGGAAGAAGAAAGAGCAAGCCCCGUCGAACUAGAGGUGAAAAAAGAAAUAACAGUCACCCUUCCCCUUUAUUUCUCUGAUAUGCGAUGGAAGAGACAGGGGUGGCAGUGGUAACACAUGGAUGGAAGGACAUGAGAAAAUGGAAAUGAGAGAAUUUCCCUCCCUAUCUCCCCCAAGAACUUUUGUAGAGGUUUGAAUAUAAAUAU